GCCGCUUUCCGUUCAAAUGCGUUUUUAUCUCUGCUUAUCUAUGUAAAGCGGUCCCGAUGUCCUCUAUAACUCUCCUCGGAUGGCUUCAGUACUGAUGUGAUUUCAGUACAUUCGUUCUUCAGAGACAUUUCUGCAGUAGAGGAGUAUGCGUUCACGCUGGAGUUACAUUCACGUCUGGAUUUGCGUCUUCAUUCUCGAAGCGUUCAGGACAUUCGGCAUUCCCAGUAAUGAAGUGAACUUGCUGGACUCUCGCUCUGUAAUUGGUGACCUGGGCUGGGUCGCCUACCCGAAGAAUGGGUGGGAAGAAAUUGGAGAGGUGGAUGAGAACUACGCACCCAUCCACACAUACCAGGUGUGUAAGGUAAUGGAACACAACCAGAACAACUGGUUACAAACAAACUGGAUACUAAACCAAGGUGCCCAGCGAGUGUUUGUAGAGCUCAAGUUCACUCUUCGGGACUGUAACAGUCUCCCUGGAGGUCUUGGCACCUGCAAGGAGACUUUCAACGUCUACUACUACGAAUCCAACGAUGAGGAGCGAAGGAAUAUUCGGGAAAGCCAGUUAACGAAAAUUGACACCAUUGCGGCUGAUGAGAGCUUCACAGAGCUUGAUCUUGGAGACAGAGUUUUGAAGCUUAACACGGAAGUUAGGGAUCUGGGUCCAUUGACCAAGAAAGGCUUCUACCUGGCUUUCCAGGACCUGGGCGCAUGUAUCGCGCUGGUGUCCGUCCGUGUCUUCUACAAAAAGUGUCCUUUAGUAGUCAGGAAUUUGGCACUCUUCAAGGAUACCAUAACUGGGGCAGAUUCGUCCCAGCUUCUGGAGGUAUCAGGGACCUGCGUCAACAACUCAUUGGCUGAUGAACUUCCGAGAAUGCAUUGCAGUGCAGAAGGGGAGUGGCUGGUGCCCAUAGGGAGGUGCUUGUGCCAGGUGGGCCACGAAGAAGUUAAUGGCUCCUGUCAAGUGUGUAAGUUGGGAUUUUACCGAUCAGCUCUACAGACCAAAAGCUGCAGUAAGUGUCCUCCUAGAAGUUUCACCACGGUAGAAGCAUCUACUUCCUGUCAGUGUGAGCAAGGAUACUAUAGGACCGAAUCGGAUCCCACCAACAUGGCUUGCACAAAGCCCCCUUCUGCCCCACGUAACUCCAUUUCUAACGUAAACGAGACAAGUGUCUUCCUAGAAUGGAGCGCCCCGGAGCAGACUGGCGGCAGGAAGGAUGUCAACUACAACAUUCUGUGCAGGAAGAUCACUGCAGGUCUCGGCCAGUACGAGCCGUGUGGCAGCCAUGUGCGAUACCUCCCCCAGCAGACAGGCCUGAGAAACACCUCCGUCAUGGUAGUGGACCUCCUUGCUCACACUAACUACACUUUUGAGGUGGAGGCUGUGAACGGGGUGUCAGAACUAACUGCCCCUUUGCGCCAAUACGUCUCGCUCAAUGUCACCACUAACCAAGCAGCCCCAUCUCCUAUAACCGUGGUGAAGAAAGGCAAGACAGCGAAGAACAGUAUUGCUGUUUCCUGGCAGGAACCUAACCGACCCAACGGCAUCAUUCUGGAGUAUGAGAUCAAGUAUUUUGAGAAGGAUCAGGAGACCAGCUACACCAUCAUAAAGUCAAAGGAGACAGAGAUUCUGGUGGAUGGUCUCAAGCCAUCUUCAGCAUACAUCUUUCAAAUCAGAGCACGCACCUCCGCCGGUUACGGAGGAUUUAGUCGCUGUUUUGAGUUUGAAACCAAUCCUUCCUCAGUAGCUGCGUCCAGUGAGCAGGGUCAGGUGCCCAUCAUUGCUGUAGCUGUUACCGUGGGCAUCAUCCUUGUUGCCUUAGUAACAGGUUUCCUGAUGAGUGGCAGACGUUGUGGCUACAGCAAAGCCAAGCAGGAUCCAGAUGAGGAGAAGAUGCACUUCCACAAUGGUCACAUCAAAUUCCCAGCGGUCCGGACAUAUAUCGAUCCCCACACCUACGAAGAUCCCAACCAGGCUGUCCAUGAGUUUGCCAAAGAGAUUGAUGUGUGCGGUAUCACCAUCGAGAGGGUUAUUGGAGCUGGUGAGUUCGGUGAGGUAUGCAGCGGGCUGCUGCGACUGCCGGGGAAGAGAGAGAUUCCUGUGGCCAUUAAAACUCUGAAAGCCGGUUACACAGAGAAGCAGAGACGGGAAUUCCUGGGCGAGGCCAGCAUCAUGGGCCAGUUCGAUCACCCCAAUAUCAUCCACCUGAAAGGAGUGGUCACCAAGAGUAAACCAGUGAUGAUCAUAACAGAAUAUAUGGAGAAUGGAUCACUUGACACCUUUCUGAAGAAGAAUGACGGUCAGUUCACAGUCAUUCAGUUAGUUGGCAUGCUGCGUGGAAUUGCUUCGGGCAUGCUCUACCUCUCUGAGAUGGGCUACGUGCACCGUGACCUGGCCGCCCGCAACAUCCUGGUCAACAGCAACCUGGUGUGUAAGGUGUCUGACUUCGGCUUGUCCAGAGUGCUGGAGGAUGACCCAGAGGCAGCCUACACCACCCGCGGUGGAAAGAUUCCCAUCAGGUGGACAGCACCAGAAGCUAUCGCCUACAGGAAGUUCACCUCGGCCAGUGACGUGUGGAGCUAUGGGAUUGUGAUGUGGGAAGUGAUGUCCUAUGGUGAGAGGCCAUACUGGGAGAUGAGCAAUCAAGAUGUAAUAAAGGCAGUGGAGGAGAACUACAGGCUGCCAGGUCCCAUGGACUGUCCAACGGCACUCUAUCAACUCAUGAUGGACUGCUGGCAGAAGGACAGGAACAGCCGACCCAAAUUUGAGGAGAUUGUCAGUUUACUGGAUAAACACAUUCGCAAUCCCAGCAGCUUGAAGAAUCUUGUUAACCCCUCUAACAGGGUGUCCAAUUUAUUAGUGGAGCACGGCAGUCCUGAGGGCUGUGUUUUCAGAUCGGUGGAGGAAUGGUUAGAGGCCAUAAAAAUGGGUCGAUACACCAAGCUUUUCAUGGAAAGUGGAUUCACAUCUCUGGAAAUAGUCACUCAGAUGACCUUGGAAGAUCUUAGGAGAGUUGGAGUCAGUCUGGCUGGCCAUCAGAAAAAGAUUCUCAACAGCAUUCAGGAGAUGCGCGUCCAAAUGAUGAACAGCACUUUACCCAUCUAAGAUCUGAAGUAGCAUAGCACUUUCUACCAUGGACAACUGUUUAUUGAAAUGGAACAAUUUAACGAAGGAAUUUGACUUUAAAGCUAAGGAACAAAACCAUCAGAUUGAUGGACAAACCGUUUACUGUUGCGUUCACGCAAAGCUUCCAGACUAAGAGAUUGAUGGGAAGUUUUCAGGAAGAACUUGACUGAAAUGUUGAGCUGACGUUUGGAAAAGUGUGGCACAUCUCCAGGUAGGAAUAGUCCCUUGGAUCAGGUGCCUUUCUGGGCUGAAUGUAAAGCAUUUUUCCAUGACCUCAUUCAACAAUAUUAUUAACUGAGGAAUUCCAUAAGAGACUGCGAUCAGUGUCAGCCCUCGGAUGUUUUCUUGCACCAAGUUCACCUGGGGCAAAGUUCAUGCAGUACGACUAAAUUCAUAUCAUGGACUGAAAGAGCAUAUGGCGGUGUUAAACAAAGCAAUAGUAGAUUUCAAGCUUGACGUUAAAGCAUUAGUUUAUCCAAAAAUGAACUUACCCCAAGUUGUUCCAAUCCCAUAUUACUCGCAUUUUUCUGUGGAACACAAAAUAAGAAGUGAUUACUCUUCAUUGUGAUUACUCUUUUCCAUGUAAUCACAAUCAAAAAGGGACUGAAGAUUUUAAACUUCAAAAAGUGCACAAAAUCACCAUAUCAAUCAAGUAGUCCAUAUGACUCAUGCGCUUGCGAAAAGAGAAAUGUCAGUCUGUUUCUCACAUAGCUAUUGCAUGGCUUCAGAAGACUUGGAAUAUAGUGCAAGAGUCAUAUGGAUUACUUUUAUGUUUCCUUAUUAAUUGUAAUUGCACGGUAAAGAGCAUCAUUAAAAAUGUCUCAUUUUGUGUUCCACUGAAGUCUUUUGGGUUUGGAACACCAUGAGUUUUUUUGUUUUUUUGUUUGUUUUUUAUUUGUUGCUUCCUUAUUUCAAUAAACGGACAAAGGAAUGGACUGGAUAAUUUUCCUUUUGCACAAUAUAUGUGUCGUGAACAGCCAGGGAAAUGUAUUUGUAUUUGAAAAUGCAACAUGCUUCACACAUUGUUUUUAAAUUCACUGAUGUGUUGAUGUUUUGCCUAUAAAUAGUGUACAGUUGCGUAGAUAAAGUGGAGCUUAAACGCAUCCAUCCAUGUUCAUGUGGGGUUGAUCAUUUAGUGUGUGGGUGGGCUAAUAUACUGUGUAUAUUCAAUCCAGUAAAUAAAUGUUUAUAUUGCCUCUUAAUGCUUCAUCAGAUAGAAAAAUCUUUUCUUUUUUUUUUCUUUUUUUUUCUCAUUGAUGUGUGAACUACAUACUAAAUUUCUGAUACAUAUUUAUACCCAUAAUUUCGCCUUGCUCAGUUAUUUGCCAUUUGUCAUGGGCAAUGUGAAUAUUUGCUCAGUCUGUCAGACUAUUUGCAAAAACAGGAAUAUUCAGUUGUUUUUUGUUUUUUUGUUUUUUGUUUUUGGUUUGUUUUGUUUUAAGCUCAAUCUCUUUGUACCACAUGUUCGGCAUGCAUUCGAUUACCAAGAUAAUUGUUUUGACUCGUCCCUGUGUGUAGCUACCAAGGCAGCUUGAAAAUGAUGUGACAUUAUUUACAUUUUUGCAAAAUCACAUUACGGGUUCAUUACGCAGCAGUUCUGAGGUGAAAUGUACACUAUGUUGCGUUAAAAGCGAUUUCUACUCAACAGAUGAGUUUUCUUUUUCUUUUUGUUAAGGAUAAUGCUCUGUCGCAUUUUAUAUCAAUAAAUCCCACCCACCUAUCCUAAACCUAGCACAUAAUUGUGUAGUUAUGGCACAGAGUAAAAAAUGCUUGCUACAUGAGCUUUAAAUUUGUCCUAAUUGCCAUGUUGAGGUGGGAUUACUUUUCUAGGUGGAAGAACUUCCAACCUGGUCUCAUAGAAUCAUGUUAUAUACCUACAUUUUUGCUAAAUUAUUUUUGCAUGCAUUGUUGUACAUAUUAUGGCAGUGCUACUAGAGGCACUAAAACAACAAUCAUAAAUCACGAGUAAAACCGCAGAUUAUCGUUUUAUAAAUAUUUACUUUCCGCCCUAUUCCAAAACACAUUUACUACAACACAUGACUUGUAAGGUGAUAAUUUUAUUGUGAAACAGGUGAUUCAACAAUUAUAUUACAUAACAAACUACAUUUACAAGCUUAAUCGAGUGCGAUCAAUUGCGUGGUAGCUUAACUGAUAGAGCGUUGCACGUGCAAUGCAAAGGACCAGGGUAUAAGUCCUGAAGAGCUCACGAGUCGACACGUGAGCCAAAAGUGUCAUAAAAGCACCAAAAAAAUUAUGUGGUUUCUUCAGCAAUUGCAUUUUUAAUCUCACAUUUGCUUUUAGGACACAAUCGGUUAGGUUUAGGGUAGGGAGGUAGGUUUUGGUGAUUUUGAAACUCGAUUAAACUUAAACCCCAACUGUUUGGGAGAACAUUUAACUCACUUUUAGCGCAACACAGUGGACAUUUCAUCUCAGAACUGCUGCCAUACCUUUAAUGAACCACAUAAUACACAUUUUCCAAAAGACAGGGUUAGUUAGAGGAUCUAUCACACCAGUCUCUUGCAGACAUUUAAUUUGUGAUACUCGCCUGCUGGCCUUUUAUUGUAAGAGCAUGAAUGCUCUUACAAUCAAAGGCUAGCAGGCGGGUAUCGCAAAUUACAUGUCCUGAUAAUUUCCUGUUUCCUGAUCAUUUAUACACACUGAGGGACAAGUUUAAAGUAUUGGUAAGCGACUACAUACUACACAGUGGUACAUACUAUAGAUUUUAGGCUGCAGAAAACCCAUAAUAUCCUUUUAUCGUCUGUUAAUAAAAGGAAACAUUGAAUGUUACAAUACAAAAUUACUUAAUAUUUCAGAACCCGAUUCCAGGUAUUACUGUAAGUUAUACCCAUAUUUUAAGUCCAUAAGUGUUUAUUACAGCACAUUAUUAUCCUGUUAAUACUUUUUUGAAGGGCCACAAGAUUGUAUUUAAAAAGUGCUUGGGUAUGUCACAAAAAAAAAAAAAAAAAAAAGCAAAUUUCCCCAAAACCUCUUAUAAUUACUUUUUAUACAGCAUAAGUAAUUUCAUUUAUCAAUUAUUUCAAUUAUUUAUGAUUUAAAUUUUACUGUGUAGUUCAUACCAAAUAGCAACAUUGUGCUGAAUAAUAAUCGAAAGAAAGUGAUGAAGUGCCUGUGAUUAUCUGAUUACAUUAAAAAAAUCUAAUAAUUUACUCAUCACAGUGUCUUUGAUCAGAACUUUUGGUCAAAAAUCAAAAAGUUAGCGGCACAUUUUGAAGCAUUAUUGAUUUGCACUUUCUUUACAACAAAUAUUUGCUCUGAUUUUUUUUAUUUUUUUUUAACACUGGAAUAAUGAGUAUUUGAUAUUUGUUGCGAUGAAUGUUUCUAUGAUAUACAGUACUUGUAAAUGGAAGUCUUGUAAGCAAAACAGUUGUCCUUCGUUUGGCAAACAUUCAGUAUUUUGUACUGAAAUUCACUUUUAAAAUGAGUGGAAGGUUGUCUCCUUAUAUAACAGUGGUCGCAGCUGUGCUUGUGUAAUGAGCAGCUUACUGUGAUAUCACGGUUUAAUUCAAAACACAGCAUUGAUAAAGAUGAUCUGUUUUCUGUUGAAUGGGGCAUUGAAAGAUAUGCUGAUAAAUGUUUUACAUCUUAGUGUAAUUUUAGUUUGGAUUGAUACACAUUUUAACCCAAAUUUACUUAAAUUAUGGUAAAAUUAUUUAAUGUGGGAAGGUUCCAUGAAUUUGUUGCUCAAGAAAUGUUUCAUAUUCAUUACAUAUUAUAGUGUAGAAUUAAAAUCAUUUUAAUCCAAUCAACCCACAUACCACGCUAUAUAUUUCAAAAAGUUUAGAUGUUUUCAGAUUUGUAGCUGUUCUUUAGUUAUUUUAAAGUGAUAUUUCUUGAUAAUCAUUGGUCAAAUCUGCCCAAAUUACAGUACAUAACACAUGAAUAGUUCCAUCAUGUUUUAAAAGCAUGUUAUCAGGAUAAUUGCUCUAAAUGUAAAUUGUAUCUGCAUAACUUUUAAUUUUAAUCAUAAAAACAAAACAGAGCACAAUAACUGUUUAUCUUAUGAUUAAAAUCUAUAAUUGUGGUUGCACAAAAUGUAAUCUAAUUUAUUAAUGUCAAAUAUAGGUAAAAUAAGGAACCUUUUUGGUCAGCACAGUGUCAAAAUAUUUCUAUACCACACUGAUUUUCGGGGAUUUUUAAUAGCAAGCACAAGGUAACAACAUUUAUCCCUCUAAACUUUUUAUUAGAUCAUAGGCAUUUGAUAAAUUAACCCCCUCCACCCCACCGGCCAACAACAAGUCAAAAUCUACUAGUGACAAAAUGAUCGUAUAUUAAAAUGGUGUGUAACAUCUAAUUUACAAACAUUUGAUUUGCAUGGUAUUGAUGGGCAGCAUAUUUCAAAUGGAUUUUAUCUGCGUGAUAAAUAUGUUGUUUAAAUCUUGCAAGCUACUUCAUAUGAUUAGUAUCAUAUUUGGUCCAAUAAACAGGGGAUAAAAGAAAGAACAGAAAAAUAUUACUGUUUUUAUGUGAUAAUUGUUCGUCUUUACCUUUUCCAGUGUGUUUUGUUGUGUAAAUGUCUUUUGUAGUGUAAUAUAUUAAAUUUUUUAUAUUUUUCAAUAAACUGAAGAGAAAUUCAA